ACCAGUUGGCUUAACCAUCCCUCUCAGGACAGAGAGUACUCAAUGAUCAUGAGAACAGACAGGAUGCCACUUGAAUGGGUGAUACCAUGGUUCACCCUCUGCAUUGGACUAUCUGUUGAGGCCACUGUCAUUGUUCAUCAGGAGGUGAUCAAAAUGCCAGUAAUUACAGUGAGCCCCUCUCACAACAACCAGUACUGUAGUACCUGGGGAAACUCUCAUUUUCAGACUUUCGAUGGAGAUUUCUUCCAGCUUCCCUACACUUGCAACUACCUCCUUGCGUCGCACUGUAAGGGAAGCUAUGAGACUUUCAAUAUUCAGCUCCAGCGGCAGGAGAUAAAUGGGGUCAACACCAUUAAGCAGGUCACUAUGAAACUGGAUGGGAUCGUUGUGGAACUGUCCAACGCUUCCAUCAACGUCGAUGAGAAACCUGUCACUAUGCCAUUCAGCCAGGUUGGCAUUACAAUUGUAAGAACUGUCUCCUAUGUCAAAAUCGAGGCAAAGCUUGGUUUGGUCAUCAUGUGGAACGAAGAAGACUCCCUCUGGGUUGAGCUGGAUGCAAAAUUUGAGAAUCAGACUUGUGGCCUGUGUGGUGACUUCAACGGAGUCCGAACUUAUGAUGAGUUCAUCAACAGAGAAACAGGGGAGUCUUUAACUCCUGAAUAUUAUGGGGAGGUCUGGAAAGUCAAUGGUCCUACUGAAAACUGUGAAGAAGUCUCCUCUACAGCCACACAGACCUGUACAAAUCAGACAGACCUCUGUGAGAACCUGCUGUCAGGACCUGCAUUCCUCAGCUGUCAGGAACUGAUUGAUACUGACUCCUUUAUCAAAGCCUGCAUGAAAGACCUGUGCUACUGUAACAGUAGCACUUCAUGCUUGUGUUCAACCAUAUCAGAGUACUCCCGUGAGUGUGCUCAUGCAGGCGGGAAACCACAACAAUGGAAGACCGCACAACUGUGUGCAAAAACAUGCCCUUUCAACAUGGAGUACUAUGAAUGCGGUAGCCCCUGUACUGACACUUGCAGUGACCCCCAGAGAAGCGAUGUGUGUGAUGAUCACUGCAUAGAUGGAUGCUUCUGUCCACCUGGGACUGUGUUUGACGACAUUAAACAAAGUGGGUGUGUUGCUGUUGAUCAGUGCUCCUGCUUACACAAUGGCAAGCCAUACAAACCAGGGGAGUCGUACUCAGGUCCAUGUAAAAACUGCACCUGUACCCAGGGUCAGUGGAGCUGUAAUGAUAUGAACUGUCAUGGUGUCUGCUCCAUAUUGGGAGGCUCCCAUAUCUCCACCUAUGAUGAUAAAACAUACACUUUCCAUGGAGACUGCUCUUAUGUUCUCUCCAAGGAAACAAAUGGGACUUUCAGUGUACUUGGUGAUCUGGUCAAAUGUGAAAAAUCUGAUAAAUCAACCUGCCUGACUGCAGUUACUCUACUCCUGUCUAAAGAAAUGAUGAUUGUAGUUCAAGCCAAUGGACAGGUUUUGUAUAACAAACAGAUCUCUACACUGCCUAUUUUCGUGGACGACGUAACAGUCUUCAGCCCAUCGACAUUCUUCAUUGUAAUCCACACCACCUAUGGGCUUUCUCUUGAGAUUCAGCUCACACCUAUCAUGCAGGUCUACAUCAAAGCCAGUGUUUCCAAUAAAGGAAAACUCAACGGCCUUUGUGGAGAUUUUAAUGAUGUAGAAGCUGAUGACUUCAGAACCAUAAAUGGACUGAUUGAGGGAACGGCUGUGGCAUUUGGCAACACAUGGAAAACCCAAACAAGCUGCCUCGAUGUGACAAACAUACUUAAGGACCCUUGCAUUUUGAGCGUGGACAACGAGAAAUAUGCCAAACACUGGUGCUCCUUGCUGUCUGACCCAAAAGGGAUUUUCUCAAAUUGCCAUUCUGAAAUAAACCCAGCAGUCUAUCAAGCUUCUUGUAUUUAUGACACUUGCGCCUGUGAAAACAGUGAGGAGUGCAUGUGUGCUGCCUUAUCUUCCUAUGUCCAUGCAUGUGCCGCUGAAGGUGUCUUUCUGAAUGGAUGGAGGGACACCGUAUGCAAUAAAUACACGACCGGCUGUCCUCCUACUUUUGUGUAUGGCUACCAAAUGAAGAGCUGUGGACGCACCUGUCGCUCCCUUAGUCAGUCAGACUCAACAUGUGACGUUGAAUUUACUCCGCUUGAUGGCUGUGGCUGUGCUGAAGGAACUUACCUAAAUGAGAAGGAUGCAUGUGUGUCAGCUACACAAUGCCCUUGUUACGUAGGAGACACAGUGGUACACCAUGGGCAAUUCAUCAAGCUCCACGGACAAACUUGCACAGAAAAGCCCACCACAACAACCGCUAUCACAGAAAAACCUACCACAGUACCAACAGAAAAGCCCAGCACUCCUGGUGCCACAACUGUUAUAGCUACAAAUGCCACCACAGAAAACCCAGUUGUAACCGGUGUGAUAAAUACAGUGGUUACAACAACAUACAAAACAGGACCUGUGAUGCAUAAAACAACUACAAAAGCCACAGAAAAGCCCAGCACAUCUGGUGCCACAACCACUGAAAAGCCCACUCUUGAAACUCCAACUCUAACAUCUUCAACUCCUCAGCCAUCAACACCAAGCAGAACAACUAUAUGUUUCUGCAAGUACAUGCAUCAAAUUUUCUCUCCUGGUAGCUUCAUGUACAAUAAAACUGAUGGAGCAGGCUGGUGUUUCACUGCAUAUUGCAGUGUGACAUGCACUGUUGAGAAGCUUGGUAGACCAUGCCACUCUACUACUCCUACAACUACCACACCAAGCACUACAACACAAAUUGGCUCAACAACCGAACCACCUUCCAGUGACUGUUUAUAUCUCAAGCCACCAAGAAAGCAUGGUGAGUCGUGGAGUUCAGACAAGUGCACCAACGAAACCUGUGACAAUCAAAGAGUAAUAAAGGAACAUGUGCCAUGUAAAUCAGUCACCAUUCCUACGUGUGAAAAUGGGUACCCACCAGUUCAGGUUUAUGAUGAAGACGGCUGUUGUCCCCACUACGAGUGCAGAUGUGUUUGUGCUGGCUGGGGAGAUCCUCAUUAUGUGACAUUUGAUGGCCAGUACUACAGCUUCCAGAAAAACUGCACAUAUGUUUUGGUCAAAGAGAUCAUUCCUCAACACAAUUUAACGAUUCUUAUCGACAACGAAAACUGUGAUGCCUCUGGAACUGUUACGUGUGCAAAAGCCCUGAUUGUGUAUUACAAAAACUAUAAAGUCAUUCUUACAAUACAGAGAACCCCAAAGACCAAGACCAUGGUGUACGUCAACGGCGACCUGGUUUCCCCAACCUACUCUAAAGAUGGCAUAAUCAUUACAAGUUCUGGAAUUGAACUCCGUUUGACAAUCCCGGCAAUUGAAGCAGUUGUGACAUUCAAAGGGCUUUUAUUUAGUGUUGAACUGCCAUUUUCCCUUUUCCACAACAACACAGAGGGACAGUGUGGUACCUGUGACAAUAACAGGAAAAACGACUGUAGAUUACCAAAUGGCCAGAUUCAUCCUUUAUGCUCUGAGAUGGGACAUGAAUGGCAUGUACCAGAUAAGAAAAAGCCAUAUUGUGAGAAGCCGCUUCCUACACUACAACCACCACCGAAACCACCAUCCUGCAAAUCUGUUAUUUGUGACAUUUUGAUGAGCAAGGUGUUUGAGAAAUGCCACAAAGUAAUCCCACCACAACACUAUUAUGAGGCCUGUAAAUUUGAUGUUUGCCACACAAAUUCCAGUGUUGGUUGUUCCAGUAUGGAGAUGUACGCCAUGCUGUGUGCUGAAGCGUCUGUCUGUGUAGCCUGGAGGAAUGCUACAAACAAACAGUGCGACUAUAAAUGUCCAGGAAAUAAAGUCUACAAGCCUUGUGGGCCAACUGUUGUACCAACCUGCAAUGCAAGAUACAAUGCGAAGAAUGUACAACCAUGCCAGAGAGAAAAUGGCAAUCAGAACCAAGAUUGUAAUGGAUUCUUGGAGGGAUGUUUCUGUCCAGACGGGAUGACUUUGUUCAGUCCAACAUCUGACAUCUGUGUCUCCUCCUGUUGCACUGGACCAACUGGCCAACCUAAACAGCUUGGUGAGACUUGGCAGAGUGGCUGUCAGCAGUGUGUUUGUGAUAAGGACACUCUGAGUGUUCAGUGUAAGCCUCUCACAUGUCCCACUCAAGAACCAAUAACUUGUACCGAGGAAGGUGAGGUGUUGGUGAACCGCACAGUGGACUGCUGUGAGAAACUGACGUGUGAAUGUGAUAGGAGUCGCUGUUCGUUGGUAACAGAGUGCAAACUGGGAUUUAAGUUGGAGAUCCACAUGUCAAAUGACAGUUGCUGUCCCUCUUACCGCUGUGUGCCCAAAGACGUCUGUGUCUUCAAUGAUACUGAGUACAAGCCUGGUAUGAAUUUCUCCAAAAGUCUAUGUGAAUCAUGCACCUGCACUAUAGCUGAGGAUCCCGCCAGCAAGUUGAAAGCCCAUAAGUGUCAUCUGGAGCAAUGUAACAAACAGUGUGCAGAGGGCUAUGUGUAUGAACAGCAACCUGAACAAUGUUGUGGAUCAUGUAUAAAGACAAGCUGCUUUUUGGACGUCCCAGGUUUCAAGUCCAAGAUAAUUAUUAAACCUUCUCAGUCUUGGUCACCACCAAAUGAUAACUGUACCAAGUAUGAUUGUGAAAAGGUGAAGGACGAGUUUAUAAUCUUUAAAAACCAAACAACAUGUCCUGCAUUUGAUCCAAAGAACUGCAUUCCUGGAACGGAACAAAGUGACAUUAACGGUUGUUGCAAAACUUGUACUCCUCGCCACAGCUGUCAGAUGAAGAAGAACACCACCUAUCUGUAUACAAACAGCUGCACGUCAGUUGUAAUGGUGGAAAUCACAGCCUGUGAGGGGUCCUGUGGAGCGUCUUCAUCAAUGUACUCUGCUGAAAGCAACAGUUUGAUGCAUUCAUGCACAUGCUGUCAAGAAAUGGCCACCAGUAAGAAGGAGGUGGAGAUGUCCUGCCCUGAUGGCAGCAAAAUGAAGCACUCCUACAUUUCAGUUGACAAGUGCGGUUGCCAUGUCGCUGAAUGUCCUAACAACACCACAGUGUAAUGUAAACGUCUGGAAAGUGAAAAUCUGACUAAUAUACCUUUAUAAACUUGAUCAAUUCCUCUCCAAAAUCUACUAGACAAUCCAGACUCAGUAUGUGAAGACCACCAAAGACACACCUUUGUGUAAUCAGAAGCCACAAAAUAGGGGCAAAUAAGUUAAACCUUUCAAACAGCAGAGAUGUUGUGGUCUGAAACUCCCUACAUCUCUGCAAAUUGGCUAUUUCUAAGUCUGACUGUCAUAACUUCCUUAUUUACUGUCAGGUGUGCAUAGUGCCCCAUAAUGACAGCACACAUUUGUGUCAUGGUAUCUCUUGUAGCUUUUGGAGACGUUCCUUUAUGCAAUCUAUAUGAUAUGGUGUUUUAAUUCUUAGAGGGUGUUUCUCUUCCUUUUACUGCAAAUGACUUGAGAGAUAAAAGACACAAGAAUGGCUUCAGAUGUACAGUAUAUUGUAUUAAUGCUAUGAGGAAAACGGAUUAUAUUUCUGGUAAAAUGUGAAAGAUUUAAAACAUGAAUUAGAAUUUUAAAUUACUAUAAAUGACGGUCAUAGUUUCUAACAGCAGCGUCAACAUAAAUUAACUCACACUAACUCAUUGAAUGUAUAAAUAAAAGAGUGUAAACAAUAUCGAAACUAUCUUUGUCCAACAUCUAAUGCUAAUCUGAAUGUCUUCAGUGUCAAUAAAAAU